AUGAUCUGGUUUUUAUCAGGCUGGGAUAGAUCAUCAUUACAUUCGAAUGAGUCUAUAGAAUCAGAAUUAAUAAUGAUUCAGAUAGCGACGAGGAUUCAUUUUCCGAGGGAACGGUAUCUGCAUCAUCUGAUAAGUCAGAAGAGACAUCCUGGAUAUAUUCGCAAUUCAUCGACCUCCUUGUCUUCCAAUGAUAUGAUUUCUGCGGGAGAUGUGGAGGUUACCGAAUCUUGGCAUAUAUCAGAAUUAGAUGUAUUAGACUCCUCAUUACCCGUACCUCAAGUCAAUUUGGAAAAUCCGCAUUCGAUUUUAGCAUGGAUACAGAACUACAGCCCGACUGGAGUGACUGGAGCGAAACCAGCAUUGCUUGUUGAAUCAUUUGGUGCUCAAUUUACUUUAUGUGGUCGUGAAAACACCAUAAAUACUCUUUGGUAUGGCAACAGAGCCAAUAGUUAUGGGAUUCUAAGCCGUUUUAGAAACUAUUGUAGUGCAAAUCCAAAAAAAGAUCGUAAUUUUCAUCCAAUUCCAUUUCUUGGUUGUGGUCCUGGUACAGGAAAAAGUCGAUUUUUGCAGGAGAUAUGUAACAUUAUUCACGAAAAAGUUCAAUUAUCAAAUGAUAAUAAAGUUAAAUCUAUACUAGGAGAAGCUAUUUUUCUGAAUAUUACAUAUGGAAAUGGAUCUGCAUUUUCAGAUUUUGAUGUGGAUAUUGGUGCAGAAGCUUCGCUAGCAUUGAGGAUUUUAUACACCUACUUUGUACAUGGUGAUGAAAGUAUGCCCUAUAACUUGUUUGCACGAAAUAUUGGAAAAAAUGCUAAGCAAUUGGGUCUGAGUGUUAUUUUACGAGCUAUUUAUGAGAACAAGUGUAGAGGAAAUAUGAGAAAACUUGCAAUUAUUGUUGGAAUCGAUGAGGUCAACAAAUUAUAUGACAUAAAUCGAGAAGCUUUUCGUUGUCUUGUAGCUAGUAUUGUAAUUACCAAAUCUAUGCAUCAAGCUCUUCAGUUACCAUUAGAAUUAUUGGAUACAUCUCAUAUGUUAUUAAUUGCAUGUGAUCUUGGAUUUGACGAAAACUUUAUCUAUCAAAAUAAUCUUUUUAAACGUAUUAUUGCUGAUAUAGGUGGUCAAGUGCGUGCUUUAGAGAUAUUCUAUGAAUUAAUUUGGGGUGAAGCAAAAACAAAUAAAUUGGAAGAUAUCGAUUUAGUGGAUAUUAUGCAUUUACUUGAGGAAAGGUUACAUUCACGCUAUGACUUUAAAACUUUCGCAAGUCAAAUUACUCCGGUGCUUGCGAAUGCAAUUUUAGAAAGAUCUGUUGAUGAAAAUGAUGUACUUGGAUAUAAAACAAUAAAGUUAAAGGAGCUGCUAAAGGGGGCAUUGUAUUCUGAUGUAGAUAUGGAUGUGAAUGUGGAUAUUCCUGAUUAUAAUUCAGUUCGAGUACAUUAUCUUAGUAAACGAUACCCAUUCGACGAUACUAUUUUAGAUUUUAAUAGUCAAUUAUGUGAAAUUUCACAUAAUGAUAAUAAUAAGAUUUAUAAGAAUGGCGAAGGUGCAGCAUGUGAUGGAUUUUCUUUUUUAAUUAUCAAUUGCAAACAACCAAUGUUAUUAGCAUUACAAAUGAAAUGGCGAGACUUGGAAUCAGAAAAUCCACAAAAAAUUAAUGAUAAGUUGAUUAGUAACGAAUAUAACAAAGUUAAGAAUUUAGCAAGAAAGAUUGGAUUGGAUAACUGGCUGUUGAUAAUUCUGUCAAACUGUUCGGGCACAUUUAACAAAACUCUACUACCAACAAGAUGCGCAAUUGUUGACAAAAAUAACUUCAUUAAGUUUUAUGGAAAGAUAUAUUCAUCUCGGGCUCAAUUUACUGCUGCUCAUGAUAAGGUAUGUGUUAAUUCAGCAAAAUUUUUUGAAUUGAGAGUUAUAGAUAAAGUGGGACCAAUAAUUGCAAAAGGCAUUAUUGACGAACGUGAAAGUAGUAAAAGAAAAUUUGUUGAUGAUCCUAAAUCCCUGUUCAUUCGAUAUAGGUUAGGUUUUGUGGAUACGGAAUUCAAUAGGUAUAGAGUCGGGGACUCAUGGCUUUGUCAUAGAACUAUACUCUGUUAUUGCUCAUAUCCAAAAGAAAAAGCCGGCUCCGGAUAA